CCAAAUGUAAUUAUAAAUAGGCUUCAAAAUCACAGCUUGAUCGCUACCAAUCUUCUCCCAUCAACAUGGAUCUUAGAUUAUGGAGUUACGGAGUUCUCUGUCUGUUUUGUCUCUUCAUCGGCUCCAUCUCUGCAGAAAUCGCCAUUCGACAGGUAACUGACCAGGAUCUAACGGAACGUGCCACGAGAUUGGGAGUUACGAGUUUUUUCAGAGAUGAACCUCCGUCGAGUAGGUUGAUAACAAUAGAGAGUUUCUCCAUUGUGAAAUCGAGGGGCGAAGGCUAUGAAUCCGCUCUUUUUGAAGCUGCUGGUUAUAAAUGGCGCCUGUUUAUGUAUCCGGUCGGGAAGCAAGACGACGGUGGAAGCAAUUAUGUCUCGAUGUACUUGAAGAUCGAAGAGACAGAUUCUUUUCCACAAAACUGGGAGGUUAAUGUUGAUCUCAAACUGUUUCUCCUUAAUCAGAAGCUGAAUAAAUACUUGACGGUCCAAGAUGGAACUACGAAGCGUUUCAACGCGGCAAAGAAACAGUGGGGAUUCGCUCAAAUGAUUCCCCUUUCGACGUUCAAUAACCCGAAUGAAGGAUACGUGUCGGGAGACCGUGUCACAUUUGGCGCCGAGAUCCUUAUCUUGAAGAAGGUUCAAGAAUUAGAGAAAGUGACGUUCGUAUCAAAUCCAGCAGACAACAAAUUCUCGUGGACGAUCCUUCAUUUCUCUCAACUGGAAGACAAGUUCUAUUACUCGGAUGAUUUCCUCGUCGGAAACAGAUAUUGGAGAAUAGGGUUCAACCCGAAAGGUGACGGAGGCGGUAGAGGCACGGCAUUGCCCGUUUACCUCUUCGCUUACGGGUUCGCACCAAAUGUUCCGACCACGACAACUUGGGGAGCGGUCUAUCUCCGGUUAAAGAAUCAGCGAAAUUCGAACCAUAAGCAGAUAUACUCGGCAGCUUGGUACCCGGUCUGGACCGGUUACGGCGUGGGAGUGAACACAAUAAUAUCGUUCCAAGAGCUGUUCGAUCAAUCAAAGGGAUAUUUGGUGAAUGAUCGUAUAGUCUUCGAAGCUGAAAUGACGAUGGUUUCAGUGACGAACAUCGUCCCGAACUAGGCAAUGCGACGUUUUGUUGGUGUUGUUGUCGCUUCUAUGUGCCGUGUUGGAAUAAAAACUUUAUAAUCGAAGUUAUCAAUAAAUGAGGUCAAUUAUGAUAAAUGAUUUCUACUUGUGGCAGA